UGGAGCCCAGCAAGAAGAACUGCCGAUAUAUCUCCAAGGACACAGGCAUGGGGACUGCUGGUGAUGAAGAGCCGUGUAGUCCAACAUUGACAGAACACCAAAGCCCACUAGACGAGGCUGCAGACUGCAGGGUAGGUGGACUACCAAUGCACACCUCAGAAGAGGAAGAAUUUGAUGACGCCCCACUUUCUCCCAGAGGCCAACCUAUUGGCGUUGAAACAGCGGAGUCUGAAGCAUUGGGCUGUUCCCCUGACAGAAUAUUUAAAGUGGUGUUCAUUGGAAAUUCAGGUGUUGGAAAGAGCUCAUUUAUCCAUCGAUUCUGCAAUGACCGAUUUCUUUCAGAGAUUAAUCCAACAAUUGGCAUCGACUUUCAAGUGAAGAGCUUGGUUGUAGACAAAAUCCGUGUGGCUCUACAGCUGUGGGACACUGCAGGACAAGAAAGGUUUCGCAGCAUAACCAAGCAGUAUUUCCGCAAAGCUGAUGGUGUGCUGGUGGUGUAUGAUGUUACAUCCGAGACUUCGUUCACUGCUGUCAGGAAUUGGAUGGUCAGUGUUCAGGAAGGAAUGGAUGAGAGAGCAGCUAUUUGUCUACUUGGCAACAAGAUAGAUGCUCUAGACUGUGAACCACGACAGGUAUCCAAAACGGAAGGCAAAAGGUUAGCAGAGGAGUACAAUGCAGUAUUCUACGAAUGCAGUGCCAAAUCAGGGUACAAUGUAAUGGAACCUCUGAUGCAUGUGGCAAGAUUGCUGAGCGAACAGGAAGACAAACAGAGAGAAGAUGCUUUGCAUUUAGACGAUGACUGUAGCAAGAAAAAAGGUUGCUGCAAAUGAAAAUGAAGGAAGGUCCACUCGCCAUGGUCACUAGAGAAAAUGGAUAACUUAAACAACUUGGCAGCCUCAUUCGACAUUCCUUAGCUAUAGGAACUUGCCCUUAGUGUUUUACCAUGUUUG